CUCUCUCCCCCAAUUGGAAGAACAAACUAGUUUCUUUGAUCUCUCGCUAUUGUCCAAGUGUUCUAUUAGACUGCCUCCACAGGAUCGAAGGGACUCGAUUCGUGAUUUUAGCCUGCGAUACGCAAUCCAUCCCGUUCCGCGCACCGUCAGCCACACAUCACCAUGGCCGAGUCAGCCCCGAAGAAGUCGCUCAUCCUCAAUGCCUUUGUGGAAAUGUGUAGUGGCCACCAGUCGCCCGGACUGUGGCGUCACCCCGAGGAUGAAUCGCACCGGUUCAACGACAUCGAGCACUGGACCGAGCUAGCGCAGAUGCUCGAAAAGGCCAAAUUCCACGGCAUCUUCAUUGCCGAUGUUCUGGGCUGCUAUGAUGUAUACAAAGGCCCCAGGAACCAGGGCCCUGCCACGGUCUCCGGCGCCCAGUGGCCGGUGAACGAGCCUAUGUCGGUCAUCCCAGCCAUGGCGGCUGUCACGAAGAGCAUCGGCUUCGGCGUGACCGUCACGACGACAUAUGAGCAGCCCUACCACCUGGCUCGACGAUUGUCCACGGUGGAUCACCUGACCAAGGGACGUGUUGGAUGGAACAUUGUGACGGGCUACCUUGACUCCGCCGCCAAAAACCUCGGCUACGCGCAGCUGCCCCAGCACGACGACCGAUACGCCGUCGCAGAAGAAUAUGUCAAGGUGGCCUACAAGCUGUGGGAAUCCUCCUGGCGGUCCGAUGCCGUCGUCCUCGACCGCGAAAAGGGCAUCUACACCGACCCGGCUCGCGUGCGGGAAAUCAACCACGAAGGCAAAUACUUCAACGUGCCGGGCCCCCACAUCUGCCAGCCCAGCCCACAGCGCACGCCUGUCAUCCUGCAAGCAGGUACCUCCAAGGCGGGCAAGACGUUCGCGGCGCAACACGCGGAAGCGAUCUUCGUGGCGGGCAUGAGCCCCGCCUCGGUGGCCAAGAACGUGGCGGAGAUCCGCGAGCUGGCGAAGAGUGAAUUCGGGCGCGACCCCAAGAGCAUCAAGUUCCUGGCGCUGCUGUGCCCGAUCCUUGGCAAGACGGAGGAGGAAGCCGUCGAGAAGUUCAAGUACUUCCGGAGUUUGGGGUCCAUUGACGGGGCGCUGGCGCUGUUUGGCGGGUGGACUGGUAUUGAUCUCGACACGUACGCCGAGGACGAGGAGCUGCGGAGCGUGCAGAGCAAUGCGAUCCGCUCUGCGGUGGAAGGCUGGUCCAAGGCUGAGCCCGGCCACGCCAAAUGGACCAAGAGCACAGUGGGUCAGCACAUCACGGUCGGCGGACUGGGCGCGACGCCUGUCGGCACGCCGCAGCAGGUGGCAGACGUGAUGGAGCGGUGGGUGAACGAAGCCGACGUCGACGGUUUCAACUUGGCAUACGCGAUCAAACCCGGCACAUUCAUCGACGUUAUCGAGCUGCUGAUUCCCGAGCUGCGCCGUCGCGGUCUCUUCUGGGACGACUACGCCGCGCCCAAGGGCACCUAUCGCGAGAACUUGUUCCAGCGACCUGGACAGAGUGGCCCGCCGGCGGACCACCCUGCGUCCAAGUACCGCUGGAACGCGGGGGUUGACGCGGCCGACGCGCCUGUUCCGAACAACUAAGCGGACGAUGAAUUUUGUUAUGAGAUGACGAUGACCCUGUACAUUGCCCGGAAUAUGUUCCCGGGACGGAUAUAUAUGUAGAUACAAAUUACAUAGAUGGAAAAUCCACCUUUCUCC